CACUUGCUUGGUUGCAUCCAGUAGUGAUGACCUGAUGACAUAUUUGCUUUAUAAAUAUUCUAAAAUAAUUAUUGAAUUAAAAAGUUGAAAUACGUUAAUUAAAAUAAGAUUGUUAUAAACUUUAUACUACAAUGUAAAGUAUGUAAUAAGCUUGGUAGUGUGUGAAAGAUGGACUGUUAUUAUUGUGUAGUGCUGUUACCGCUAUUAGUUGGUCAUAUUCAUAAUCAUAUUUCAAAUGUUUUAAGUCAAUACGUUAUCAAUUAAUAACAUCUCAUAAGGUUUAAGCAUGUAUUCUGCUUCAGAUGUUUUAAAUAGGUACUAAAUAUUGCAAAGCAGACUAUAUCAAAUGGAAGCAAGUAGCUCUGAAAAUAGAAAUAGAAGUGAUUUAGAUUGGUCACGUUAUGGAUUAGGGGCAGAAAGUUCAGCUCGUGCAAGGAGCAAUACAACUGGUUUUGUUGAUUUAAGCAGUUCAAAUGAUUAUGGCAUCGGGGGACACCAAGCAUCUGGAGCAAAUGAGUUAUUUGCAGAGGAGCAAGGGGAUGUACCAUGGUGGAAAUCAAACUUUUUUAUUUCCCAGCCAGUCCUAUUUGGAACGUGGGAUGGUGUGUUUACAUCUUGCAUGAUUAAUAUUUUUGGUGUAAUUGUAUUUCUCAGGUCCGGAUGGAUUGUUGGACAAGCAGGUGUAAUUAGUGCUGUUCUUAUAGUCCUAUCAUCUGUUUUUACAGCUUUAAUAUCAGUUUUAUCAGCUGUUGGAAUUUGUGAAAGAUGUAGAGUAGAAAGUGGUGGUGUAUAUUUCUUAAUUGCCCAUGUUUUGGGUUCAAGAUUUGGUGGAUCACUUGGUCUUUUGUAUUGCUUUGGUCAAGCAGUUGGUUGUGCACUAAAUGUUCUUGGAUUUGGGGAAUCAAUGGCAGGUUUAAUAGGAUUAGAAAAUUCUACUUGGGCUACCAGGGGUAUUGCAAGUGCAGCUGUUUUAUUCCUAGGCAUUAUUAAUAUUGCUGGUGUCAAGUGGGUUAUUAAGUUGCAGUUUGUUUUGUUGCUUAUUCUUCUUUUGGCUGGCUUAGACUUCAUGGUUGGAAGCUUUGUUCAUACUGAUCCAGAAAACGGAUUCGAAGGUUGGCUAACAGGAAAUUUAGGUCGCAAUGUUUGGUCUGACUAUAAGAAUGGAUAUAGUUGGUUUACAGUGUUUGGUGUUUUCUUUCCCACAAUAACUGGUGUGCUUGCGGGUAUUAACAUGAGUGGAGAUUUGAGAGUACCUUCAACAAACAUUCCCAAUGGGACUUUGGCUGCCAUUACUACAGGAACAUUUUUGUACCUUGUAUUUGUAUUUUUUUUGGGAGCUACAUGUACCCGUGAAGUUUUAUUAACAAAUUUCAUGAUAGCUGAAAAGGUUUCAGCUGUAAGUGUCUUGCUUUUAGCGGGACUUUAUGUAGCUUCAAUGUCAAGUUGUUUAGGAGCAAUGUAUGGCACACCAAGAGUACUACAAUCCAUUGCCCUUGAAAAUGUCAUACCAGGAAUGGGUGCUUUAGGAAUGGGUAGGGGACCAAAUAAGGUGCCUUUAUAUGCAUUAGCUGUAACAGCCACAGUUACUUUGACUUUUAUAUUAAUAGGAGAAAUAAAUACAUUGGCCCCAGUUGUAACUAUGCCAUUUCUUCUCACUUAUGCCAGUAUAGACUACGCUUAUUUUGCGUUAGCGCAAACUUUCGAUAUUCAACAUCAAAAAGAGCAACGUUUUUGUAACCCUAAAACUAUGAGAUCGUCAAGUAGAAGUGAGUCACUCAAUGGGGAUGUAAAUGAUUUGGAUAAUUUAUUUCCCGAAAGAGUACAACAUAGAAAUAUACAGAAAGAUGUUAGUUGUUCUACUACUAGUACUACAGAUGAUAGUGAAACAACCCCAAUUGCCUUUAAGCAGCAAGUGCAUUCAAAAUCUAAAAAUUGGUAUUCUUGUUUAUGUAAUCGAUGGCUUUCACUUUUUGGGUUAGUAGUUAAAUGCGUUAUUAUGUUUCUCGUUCACUGGGCGUACGCUAUAGUAUGCGUUGUAGCAGUCUUUUUAGUGUGGCUUUACAUUGGAACCGCAAAUCCUGCAGUAAAGCCUGGAAUAUCAUCUGAUUUUCACUUUUUUAGGUGGUUAAAAAACGUAUUACUAAAAUGUUGCGGAAAACGAGUUACUGAAUAUGAACAAAUUGUAGUAACACCAACACAUCCUGGUCUAAAUGUGACCUCAACACAAUUAAACGAAGACAAUGAAGACUUUGCAUAUCGAAGAAGAUAUCACCAAUCUGCCACAGUUCAUGGUCAUAUGGUCGCUGUUGAUGACUAAUCACAUUUUUCACGUGCAACUAGUAAACUUUAAAACUGUAUUUUUAUACGUAUUUGAUAAAAACCAAGUGAGUUUUUGUAA